AAAUUAUAAAUGUGGUGACAAACUUAUAAAUAAAUAGAAAGUACAAACAUAUUUACAUUGGUUAGGUAAAUAUGAGAAAUUCUACAUCGGUUUUGCUUAGGACCGAUGUAGAAAUGAGACCUAAUAUCACCGUGCAAAGCCACACUACCCUUUCAUCGCCGUCACCCUCCAACCACACCCAAAACCGUUCUCCUCGCGGAAGACCUCCUCCUCCUCAACCACCUCCUUCGCGUCCUCGACUCCGGAGAGGAAGAGCAAGCAGUCCAAGAGGCUUAAGAUUCUGUAGCUAGGUUGAUGGAUAGACAUGAUGACGAUGCUUUCGCUCUGAGCGAUUCUCUGGAGGACCUUCACCACCAUGAAGGCGUUGGUGGAGUCGAGCCCAGAGGUAGAUUCGUCCAGGAAGAGGACGAUGGGGUCGUGGAUGAUGUCGACGCCGAUGGAGACGCGGCGCCGUUCGACGCCGGAGACGCCGCGGUGGCUUUCGUCGCCGAUGACGGUGGAGGCGGCGGAGCGGAGGCCGAGCUGGUCGAUGAGGGUGUGGACGCGGGCUUUUUUCUUGGACUUGGAGAGGGAGCGGGGGAGGCGGAACUCGGCGGCGAAACACGGAGGAGCGGCGCUAGGGUUUCCGAUUUGGGGAACUCCGAGCACCGACUCGUGGAUCGCGCGUUUAAUGUAGCAGAGGUUAGCUUUUUACACUGUAGGUGCUCCAACUUUUACCUAUGAAGUCACUUUCUUCUAAGCUUGUGGUGAAGAAAUUAGAGCUGUCGUUGGAGAAAUUUCUGAAGGAUCAUUACCUGUCUGGCUCCCCGGUUAUUAUCAGUGAUUGUAUGGCUCACUGGCCGG